CAAGUAGCUAUGCUGUUUCCUGUUACAUAAAAACAUAGAGCAGAAAUGUCACUGGGAGACCUCUGCAGCAAGUCUCAGCCUCUCUACCUUUUACAUUCAUUCUUCUUCAAACUGCUUGUACUAACAGAUCUGGAGCUGGAGGUCUGAACAAAAGAUUUCAGUAUGGAAAGUCUUCCAUAUGAUCUGAACUAUUCUUUGGAUCAAUAUAACUGGACUGAUUCAUCUUCCAGUAACAAAUACAAAACAAGUGAAAUCCCACAGAGUGAGUGGACCAUGAGAAAUGAAGACUUGAUAGAUAUGGGUUACCAUACUCUGAACAAUGCAACUGCAAGGGGGACAACUCACAAAGGGACAAGGUUUGAUUAUGAUAAAGCUUCUGAAAAACCCAUCACACCGAAUAUUGCUGACAUGGUUGACAUGCAGAUGAAAGUAGACUUUUUUCGCAAACUGGGAUACUCAUCUGAAGAAAUCUAUGCAGUUCUACAGAAUCUUGGAAUGGAUGCAGAUACCAACACUAUACUUGGUGAACUGGUGAAACAUGGUGCAAAUCCAGAGAAAGAAACAGUACCAGAGGAAUCGUUGGAUGCUUUGUUGGUUCCUCGUGGUGGGUUAGGAAUGAAGGCUGCUCAAUCUACCACAGUUUCUGAUGAGAACGACAGUAGCAAUUUGAGACCUAUCGUCAUAGAUGGCAGUAAUGUGGCAAUGAGUCAUGGUAAUAAAGAAGUCUUUUCCUGCCGUGGGAUUUUAUUAGCUGUCAGCUUUUUUUUGGAAAAAGGUCAUAAGGAUAUUACUGUCUUUGUACCAUCUUGGCGAAAGGAACAACAUAGACCAGAAUUACCCAUUACAGAUCAACACAUUCUUGGGGAACUGGAAAAAAAGAAAAUACUGGUUUUCACCCCAUCCCGUCGAGUUGGAGGGAAGCGAUUAGUGUGCUAUGAUGACAGGUUCAUUGUAAAAUUGGCUGUCAAAUGUGAUGGCGUCAUAGUAUCAAAUGAUACCUACAGAGACUUACAAGGUGAACGUGUGGAAUGGAAGAAGUUCAUAGAGGAGCGUCUGCUUAUGUAUUCAUUUGUUAAUGAUAUCUUUAUGCCUCCGGAUGAUCCUUUGGGGCGUCAUGGUCCAAACCUAGAUGACUUUCUAAGAAAGAAAUCCUCUGUACAGGAAAACAAGAAGAUGCAGUGUCCUUAUGGCAAAAAAUGUACCUACGGAAUGAAGUGUAAAUUUUACCACCCUGAGAGGCUGAACCAACCUCAGCGUUCUGUAGCAGAUGAGCUUCGGGAAAAUGCCAGGCUGUCUCCUACCAAGUUACAAAUGGAGGAUAAAAAGACAAGGAAAUUGUCUCUAGCAGACUUUUCAUCUAUUGAUUCUGAUUACAGUUCAUUGCAUAAACUGCCUGUGGAGCGAACCAGUUCCAUUCAGAAAGGAAAAGGAAAAGACACUUCAUUAAAUCAAUAUUAUGUUACUAAAAGUGGAACAUCAGAAUGGUUUCCUCCUCCCUCCAGCCCAAAAGACUCUAUUCCUUGUAACUCUCAUGACUCUGGCAUAUGUGAUAUGUUGGCAAGCCGAACAAACAGCCAUUGUGGUAAUUCUCUUGACUAUGGGAACUACUGCUGUAGUGGCCAGCAGAAACAAUUCUGUCAGCACAGAAGUGACUUUGACUGUGAUCCUCAUCAGCACUUUACUUCCCAAAAAUCUGUACCUCAUGGUCAUAAUUCUGCCCCUUACUAUCCUUUUAAUCAUCCACAGACUUGGCAAUCACAUAACACCUCCCACCAAAUGUAUCAAAGAGACAUGUGUGACUCUAAACGGGUCACUCCCCGUAGCCUUCCAACUGAGUAUACAUCUCUCUCAGUACAUACACCUGAGUACUGGUCUGAACCCAACCCCAUUGCUCACCUUAGUAGACUUCAAAAUAACUACCCAGUGUACACACCAAUGACCGCAUCAACUAAUGAUUUCAACCAGUGGGCAGCCACUGAGCAGUACACACCAGAACAGGAGAAAGUUCGUACCAAGCUAUGUGCAAUCUUCCAAGCCCAUUUAGUAGAUGCUGUAAUGAAAAAGUUCCCACAUCUUCUAGACACACAAAGAUUAGCAGAAGAAAUAAUUACUUACAAAUCUCAAAACAGAAUGUGAAUGUAAUUUGAGGUUGUUAAAUAAGACUUAAAUGCAGUGUGAGCUGAAAAGCCAGUGUAAUUAGCCAGCAAAUCAACUCACAAAUGGGUGUCCCAGAAUAAUUUACCUUAUUUAUUUUCAUAACAUUUUUGACAAAUAUGAAUGAAUUUGAAGGUAUAGGUCAGGGAGCAUAUAUCAUAUAACUAGAGGCUGCUGUUUAAAGGAGUUAUAAACUCAAGAGAAAUGCAACGUAGAACUUUUAACAGACAGAGAUGCUGUUGUUGAUAACUUUUUACAAGAUUAUUGGGCUAAAAAAAAAAAAAAAAAAAAAAGAGAGAUAGAAAUAAAGAUGUCUGUAAAAUAAAUUGUAUACAAACUCUAGUUUUGUCAGUCAUAUGGGACAAUAUUUGAUUUGGUGUUUGAUCUGUGUGUACUCCAUUUUUAUUUGUUAUAUCUUACCCUUUAACUUAAAAUAACAGGUUAAAAAAUUUGAAUUGAUUUUAAUUCACUUCAUUAAUAUUAUAACAUGCUAUUCACCUUCAUUCAUCUGAUGCUAUCUAGGAGAAUUUGGAAAUGCUCCAAAUAUUAGUUACCUAGCUAAAAAAAAAACUAAAAUAUAUAUAUUUUGAUAUGUAUGACCUUGUCAUAAGAUCAUCAUAAAAAUAGCAUUAUUGUAUAGUGACUAUAUUGUAUAUGCUUUGAUGUAAAGAAAGUUUUAUUGGAGAUAUCUGUUUCUGCAGCAGAAAUGGACCAUACUGUAUAUUUAUGCAGCAUUACUGCAGCACUCUUUUUUCAUUUUUAGAUGUCAAUAUCCAAAAGCAUUUUUGUAUGUUUUUAAAUAAGGAACAGUCUACUAUUAUGCAUCAGCAUCAACAUUAAUUAAUAAUGCUGACACAUUUUUAUAUAGGUAAACAUAAGAAUGAUUGCUGUGGGCAGUCAAUAAGUUGAUACAUAUUGUAUCUCAACAUCAAAUGUUCUAGUUGUUCUAUAGUCAUUCAGUGAAAGGACACAUAAAGAAGUGAUUUGACUUUACCAGUAGUUACCAUUAAAGGGUUACAUGGGGCAAAAGAAUAGAAACUAUCUCUACAGAAUUCAACAAAAUGUUUUAAUAUUAUACAUCAUUGAGUCAUUGUUGUUUAUAUAUUUUUUAAAAUGCUCUUGUUAAAGGCAUGGAUUUAGGUAAGAAUAAUUGGAAUAAUGUGUAAUUUAUAUCUAAAAGUUAGGAAGUAUAUUCCUUUCCCUGUGUCUAAAACUGGAAAUUAGAAUCACUGCCUUAGAAUUAUUGUUGUCCUCUCUACUAACUAGAUGACAAUUAUGAUGGUUAAUUUGGCACUGUGUGCUACUUGACCUCCAAGGAAUCAAAUCCUUGUGUAAUCUGUUAAUCAUACACAUUACAUAAAAAGUAAUGUUUUAAAAUAGUAAGCAAAAUGCUUUUUAUUCUUAUUUUUUUAUGUUUUAAACUAGUAAUAAAGGGAAUCUGACUGGUAAAAUAUAUAUUCUUCUAAGUCAAUAAGGUUAAUGUUGUAUUCACAAUCAAUCCUCUCUCUCACUAGUAAGUGUACAGAAUUUUGGAAACCAGGUACAAACUGUAUCCUUAGCCAUUUUACAAAUCCCUCAUACGGUAUUAUGAUUUACCAAAAGUCUUUACUCUCAGCAUCUUGAUCACCAUACUAGCAGAUGUAUUACUUUAUCAUCACUGAUAAAUAUAUAUGCAAAAUAGUGAAGUAAAUAUAGUUUCAUUAGUCAGAUUCACUUUAGUUUAUUGUUAUUAUAGUGUGUGUCUGUGUGUGGGGGGUACGUUGGUCAGAUGUAAGUUUGUACAUGGUCUUUAUUACUGGUGGUUCAGCCAUGUUGUAAUAAGAAAUGUUGUUGACAUGUUUAGAUGGAUUUUUUAAUAAAAACUCAGAUUUUCAUUGAA